AUGGAGGAGAGCAGAAUAAGGAGUCGGGAGAAAGAACUUCAGCGACAUAUAAGCUGCGUGGAGGAGGAGAAGGAUAAGAUCAAGAAAGAGAGUCAAGAGGUGCUUGUAAGAAGCAAAUCCCACGUAGAGGAGAAGACCAGCGAUGAAGAAAAGAAGAAAAGGAAGCGCAGUGAUGAAAACACUGACGCGAAUAAGAAGCUGAAUUUAGAAGAUAAAGAAAGUCUUCAGAGAGGAGUGAGUGAGGAGCAAGAGGAUAAGAAGGGGAACAAAAAAAGACCAAGGAGCCCUGAAGAUCCGUUAGAAGCCAUUGAUUACAUUUAUUUUAUCCUAAAAGGUGGAAGUGGAGGUAAGAAGUCCUGCCUAGAGGUCAGAGAACCAGCCCACCUGGAUGUCAAAAGACCAGCCCCCCUGGAUAUACAGAGCUACACAUUCUACAAAGUAAUAGGAAGAGGCAGCUUUGGCCAGGUGAUGUUAGCAUCGUUUAAACCAACCAAACAACUUGUGGCAAUUAAGAAGGUUUCCAAAAAAAUCAAUGAGAGCAAUUACGAGAACAUCAGGAAAGAAGCUCGGAUCUUGAAGAUGGCCAGAAGUUGCCCCUUUGUAUGUCAUCCAUAUGCAGCCUUCCAAUCAGAGGUUGAAGCUUUCUUUGUGCUUGAGUAUGCCAGUGGGGGAUCAUUAUACAGCAUGAUUUGCAAAGAAGGAAAACUACCAGUGGAGAGAAUCAAGUUCUACACUGCAGAGAUUGUGAUUGGCCUCCAGUUUCUCCACUCGAAUGGCAUUGUUCAUCGUGAUCUGAAGCCUGAUAAUAUCUUGGUGGAUAAGGAUGGACACAUUAAAAUCUGUGAUUUCGGCAUAUCCGCUGAAGGGCUGUUCGGCAGAAAGAUGAUCUGUGGAUUGGCAGGAACCCCUGGCUACCGGGCCCCGGAGGUUUUGUUACUGAACGAGUAUAAUGCAGGGGCUGACUGGUGGUCCUUUGGUGUGAUAAUGUACGAAAUAGCCACAGGUGAACAGCCAUUUAGCCCAUCCGGCUGUGCUUUGAGGGAGUAUUUCUUAAUCAAGACUCCCGAAUAUCCAAGUUACAUGAGCAAGGAAAUGCAGGACCUCCUGUCAAAGCUUCUGGAGAAGAACAAGAAGAAGCGUUUAGGAGUGAAAGGCAAAAUCAGGGAGCACCCCCUCUACGCUACAAUCAAGUGGAAUGAACUGGAAGAGAAAAGAAUGAUGCCCCCUUUUCAGCCAGAAAUGAAAUCAGCAGAUGAUUUUAAUGAGAUUUCACCAGAAGUCCCUGUUGAUACCUCCAGGAGAGAGAGGGUAGAAGAACUGUCCUACGUGGACCCCACCUGGCAUUGGCAGGAGUAAUGCAUUCUUCUGUGCUCAUGUAACACAACAUCAGUAUUGCCUGGAUAGCCAGUGACCAAGCCAACAUACCAUCUAUGGCAAACUUCAGCCCCUAACAUCAGGUCUGCCUGCAUUAUAAAUCUGCAACAAUCUACAGUGUCCAACCACCUACUGCUGCAGCCCAUUGUAUCCACCAGUAACCUCCUCAAACAACAGGAGGCACAGUGACAGGUAUGUUCCCCACCUCAACAAGGCCCUCCAUCCUCCAAUUUUAUAUUCAGCUUCACCCAUCCGAUUAUAGGGUGCCAGGUAGGUAUAAUCUGGGUUUUUUUUUAAAUGUGUUAUGGAUUUUAUAUGUUUUUGAAUGUUUAUGAAAGUUUAUAAAGUUUUUCUCAAUUCAUGUAAUAGAAGCUAUAUAUAAGUUAAUAUAGAAAAAAAAAAAAAAACAA